AUGAUGAACCCUAAAUCCACCCUCUCAUCAUGCUUCCUCCUUCUCUCCUUUUCCCUUCUUCUCUCCCCAUCACUUGCCUUCAACAUCACCAAAAUCCUAAACCAACACCCUGAAUUCAGCACCUUUAACGACUACUUGACUCAAACCCAGCUCGCCGCCGAUAUCAACUCCCGCCAGACCAUCACCGUCCUCGCCGUCGACAAUGCCGGCAUGUCGGCGCUGUCGGGAAAACCACUCGAUGUGGUGAAGAAGGCUCUCAGCCUCCAGGUCAUCCUCGACUACUACGACAUCCCCAAGAUUCAAAAGCUCCCCAACAAAACCGCCACCCUCACCACGCUCUACCAGACCAGCGGCCAGGCCACCGCGCAGCGCGGCUUCCUCAAACUCACCAAACUCACCAUCGACAACAUCUCCUUCAGGUCUGCGAACAACGACUCGUCCUCCACAGCCAUCUUGAGUCAGUCCGUGAUGUCUCAGCCUUACAACAUAUCGGUGUUGCAAGUCGGCAACCUCAUCGCUUCCGGCGGGAUUGAUGGAAAUGCAAGCGCAAACGCAAACGCGGCGGCGAAGGCUCCUGCAGCUGCGUCGCCAAAGGCUGCGAAAAGUGAGGCUUCUCCUCCAUCUCCGCCGCCUGAGGGGGACGAUUCUGCUGACGCCGAUGGACCUUCUGUUAGCGACAAGUCGCCCUCGCCGUCGCCGGCGGGAGCAGUUUCGGAUAGCCUACCAGAAAAACCCGCUGCUUCGGGUGCACCUAAAGCCAGUUUUUAUGUUGUUCUUCACGCAAUGCUUGUGUCCUCGGCUUGGCUUAUUAUUUCAAUGAUGUGA